GAGCCCCUCCCCCUCAAAGCCAUUAGACUAAAAAUCUAGCUAGCUGCAGGAAACAGAAGGAUGUUUAUAUACUUUUGAUGAUCUCUAACUGUAUCUAGCCGAGCUGCAAGAUGCGGAACAGUGCCAACAACUUCACCAGAGGUGAUAUCAACUUCUCCUACCAAGCCUGUGUGCCCAGCUAUAACGAAUCUCAAGCUCUAAUGAGCAAAUGCUCAAUGAUGGCUAACUCUAGCCAGCAAUGUGUACAAUUCUGUGACUCAUUCCCUGCGGUGCUGCCCUGGGUGUAUCUGAGCUUCAGCUCUCUCUCUGCUCUCUGCUGUUUGGUAGUGUUCCUGAGCUACUACCUUAUCCCUAAGCUGAGGCACAGCGGGCACUCCACCAAGGUCUUUCUGUUGCGAACUUUAAUGGACCUCAUAGUCGCGAUUGGGCACAUAGUUGCUGGGAUCUUUCAUCUGGCUGAGAGUCAAAAUGAGUACACUCUGAGAGGCUGUGAAACUAUUGCCAUUAUCAACCAAGUUGCACUGUUUGCUUCCAACCUUUGGUUUGUCAUUCUGGCCAUUGAUUUGCUGAAAGCUAUUCAAAACCCAUUCAGUGCUCGGCCUACAUAUGGUAUAGGAGCUCACAUUGUCAUCUGGUCAUGGUCCAUCAUAACAGGGAUCGUUCUUGCUGUGCUAACAGUUCCUGGAGUGAAAGGAGGUCCAGGACCAUCCAUGUUUUUCUGGUGUUGGAUAUCCAUUGAGUCGGUCGGAAUGAAGUUAGAACGAGGACUGGGUAUUCCUGACUUUGCUAUAGCCUCUCUCUUUCUCUAUUACCUUUGGCUGUUUCUGUUCUGGAUUUUCGCCGUUUUUUGUAUCAUAAUCGGGAUAUUCAUUUUACGAAGACGUCUGACUACAAGUAGUGAAACAAGACGAUUGGUUCUUCGACAAAACCUCUGGUACGUUCUGUCACUCGGACUGGAAACUAUCGUUGUUAUUGUGGUGUGGAUCACUCAACUGAUACUGACAAGAAUCCAUCAACAAGAAACUGAUUCUAAAGAAGUACAACCGUCUUACUUCUUCACAUAUGUUGAUUUGGGAUUGGCGAUUGUAUUCGCAGUGUUUCAUAGCCUCAGAGGAACUGUGGACCUCAUCGUUUGGAAACUUGCACUUGGGAUUGGUUUGAGCGACAUCACAGAAUUUUGUAAGAGGAUGAAAGACAAGAAUCGAAAGGACAUUUGUACUCUAAGUAAGAAAUCGCUCAAAACUCCGUUAAUCGUGAGCAAAUCUGGAGACAGUCAAGUGAACAAGGCACUCAGACGAAAUGCUAUGUAUUGUAUUAAUAUUGGCAUUUUAGACGCUGUACAACUACACUUGCAGUACAUUGGUAAGAUAAAACGAGUUGGUUCGGUUCGAGACCGAUUUGUAGCGAAUCAGAUGAUUAAAUUGGACGAGGAAAAUCAAGAACAAGAACGAGAAGAGUUGUAUCGAGACAACCCGGCUCAUAGCGAACGAAGUAUUCGGCGGCUACAGUUCCCGGCCACAGCCACAAUCCGUAGCUUCUCUUUCGUCGAUUUAGAGCCGUCCAUUUUCAGUCUCUUGAGAACAACUUUUGGUAUCACCCCCAAGAAAUAUCGCGAGUCCUUCAAGAUCAGAAAUGCAGCCGACAUCGAUAAAGAAGGUAUGCUUGAAAAAUUCACUGAAGGAAAAUCUGGAAGCUUCUUUUACUUCACACGAGACUUCAGAUAUAUCAUCAAGACUGUGACUUCUGCAGAGGAGAGCUUCCUUCAGAAGAUAGCCUAUAAAUACCGUCAUCACAUGCAGCAUAAUCCAAGCAGUCUGAUUGCUCGAUUCUACGGUUUGCACAAAGUUAAAUUGGCUCCAGAGCAACGUUACAUUACAGUGGUUGUGAUGGACAACAUCUUUCAUAACAUGGAGCAUCUUGCAAUGCACGAGCGCUACGACCUCAAGGGUUCCUGGGUGGGCAGACGUGCCAUAAAAGGAAGUCGUGAACGCAAUGCUUACAAAGGCACUCUGAAAGACCUCGAUCUGGGAAACAAGAAAGUUUGGGUAGGAACGGAAAACAAACAAAUUUUGAUUGAACAAUUGAGAGAAGAUGCCAAGUUUCUGGCGAGCUGUGACAUCAUGGACUACAGUAUGCUGCUGGGGAUUCACAACCACAGCAAGUUUGGGGAGCGAUCGAUGGGCCGACCUGAGGAGCAAAACGUAACUGGAAUAGCUGGAGAGGAUUUUAUCGAUGUGUCUAUUAAAGGGAAGCCAGGCCCUCCUUCCUCUAGAUAUGCCUCCAAUGAUAACGGCAUAGAGCCUGAGAUUAGUCCCAUUCGAGUGUCCAGAAACGCUGCAAAACGUAUCGCAAUCGAAGAAAAUGAGACCACCCUUACCACGACUACACAGCUGACUGGAGUGCCAUGGUUUCGAGAGGACUAUGGUGGAUUGCGUAGUUGUUCUUCACUGCAUCCCCGUUGUAACGAAGGGGAGAGACCACCGAGCACGCUAGUUGAUGGAGAAGCACCCGUGGCCACUUAUUACUUUGGUAUUAUUGACAUUCUUCAAGAGUACAACAUGCGUAAGAAAGUGGAGCAUCAGUGGAAGACCAAAAUUCAGUGUCAGGACAAAUACGGACUGUCUGCAGUGAACCCCAAGGACUAUGCUCAGAGAUUUGUUGACUUUAUGGAACGUGCUUUUGUUUAGAUUAGACUAGAGCCAGGUUGAGUUGCAAAUUAUGUGUGUUUUUGUGUUGAAAGUCUUUAUUAAUAUUAAUUGCACAAACAAA